AGGACAGUCGGAUGGUAUGAUUGCUGGGACAAAUGCGGAAGAAGUCAUACCGUGUGCCGACUCCACAGGUCCGGACCCGCCCCAUCCCGCACUAUAUAAUCAAGAUGUCCUGGCGUUAUUGUUUGACGUCUUCAAUCCUUUCAAUCGCACCGAUCGUGCAACGUGUGCUCGCAGUGCCCGAGUUUGUCGGGCAUGGGCCGAGCCAGCAUCGAGUGUCGUCUGGAGCAAGGGUGUGGACCUCACGAUUUUAUUCCGCAUUCUUCACCGACCCUCUUCCUUGGACACAAUGGCUCGCAAGAUUUCUUCGUCGGAUCCAGGAAUGACCCAAGAAAAACUUCAGGUCAUUCGCCAUGAGGCUUGGCAAAGCUUCUUGCGCUGUGGAGCUAGGAUUCGGGAGCUAUCCGAAGGAACCUUUGGGUUAAUCCCCGCUUACGUAGAGCUGACCCAUUUCCUUAUUCGCAAAAACGGCACACAAACCUUCCUCCCCCAUCUGAAGACGUUGCACUGGAGACAAAGAGCUGACAGCUCGGGAAUUUUAGUCCGCUUAGUCCCGCCGUCUCUCGAAUCUCUCGUACUUCACGUCGACGAGCUAACUGCCGGCUGUCCACUGGGGACACUUGGGUUGCAGCUCUCUUCGGCAGCUCCCUUUCUCCGUAGGUUAGAGAUCACAUGCCAGACCGGACUCCCCAUCAGCUUUCUCAUUCCCCUGAAAUCCAUCCGUGAACUUACUCUUCAUAACGUAUUGACCGCGUUCAAGCCGGAAGACGUCCGACGCUUGCUGAAGGCCCCCAACUUGGAGGCUCUUCAUUUGUCCAUCAAGAACUUCGCGAAAUGCCAAAGAGUUAUGGACUCUGGUCCUAACCUACGCAGCAUCUACUGUAUAGGGAUGUGCGAGGAUCUCGCAUCCUUCAUAUCUCUACUGGACGCUCCCAACCUCUACGGGAUGUACUUGCUGAGGCCAGGGGACGUCGAUGCCCUCCGUUCUUUGAUUGGCGAGUUGAAGAGCGCGCCAUGCACGCGAAGCGUCCGCUCUCUCAAGUUAAUCUACGGCAAUAGCGCUCUCCGAUGCGAUCCGACCCCCCUUCGUUACGCCGUUGUUGCUCCACAGCUAGCGGUUGGGAAGAUAAUCCUGCAACCCUUAUUCGGACACUUCAACCAACUCGAUACGCUUAUUGUGGGUUCCUGUCACUGUCCCAGUGUCCUCACCGACGACGACGUCCUCAUGCUCGCCAAAGCCUGGCCAGGGCUGAAGAAGCUCUCCCUCCCAUCACAUGCCACAUCCCCUUACUGCUCACGGGUGGCGUCAUUCCCCUCCGUAGCGUCACUAUAUCACCUCUCAUAUCUUUGCCCGGAACUUAUCCAUCUCGAGAUAGAGCUAGGGGAUAUCACUCUGCCUCCUGAAUUUCUGCAGUAUCCCAUUCCGCGAAUUGCACAUCGCUUGCGCACGCUCAAACUCUCCUCAUUACGUUGGAUUGAGCCCGAUGCUUUGGCACUAGUACUGGCCGAGGUGGUGGAUGGCCUCUUUCCAACGCUGGAUGUCGACGUAUGUAUCCGGGACAAGAGGCCCCACCUUCAGUGGCACGGCUGGCCAUUGAUGUGGGCUAAAGUACGAGAGUUACAGGCCGGGCGAGAGCGCAGGUCGAUUAAGAAUUGGCAAGGGUGA